CUCAGUUACUCCAAACAAAAGAAUGCACGAGACUUCGACAUCUCCAACACAAAGCUGGUUAGUGUUUCAUAUUCUUUCACACUUCGGCGGGAAAGAUUUUUAUUUAAAGAAGGCCACGAAAUCAGAAAUCAGGCGAACCCUAAACUUCCCGGUCAACAUUACUACUCCGUACUAAACACUUAAACAGAAGGCGAAAGGAACUCUGAGAAAAUGGAAGACAACUCGCAUGAUGUGGAAGAAGAAAAGGGAAGAAUAUCAACGGAAGAAGAAGAAGGUCCGGCUAUAGGGAUCGAUCUUGGAACGACGUAUUCUUGCGUCGGAGUAUGGCAGCCCCAACAUGGCCGCGUUGAGAUCAUCACCAACGAUUUAGGCAACCGUACGACACCGUCAUGGGUUGCCUUCACCGACGUUGAACGCCUUAUCGGCGAACCUGCCCAGAACCAAGCCGCAAUGAAUCCUUCCAAUACAAUCUUUGACAGAUGUGAAAAGGCUGAUAGGUAGAAAGUUUGGCGAUGAAAUAGUACAAAAUGACAUGAAACACUGGCCAUUUAAAGUCAUAGCUGGUCCUGACAGUGGCUGUGGAGAGAAACCUAUGAUAGCUGUGACAUACAAGGGUGAAGAGAAGCAAUUUGCAGCUGAGGAGAUAUCAUCAAUGAUCCUCCAAAAGAUGAAGAGCAUUGCAGAGGCUUACCUGGGAAAACAAGUCAAGAGAGCUGUUAUUACUGUUCCUGCUUAUUUCAGUGAUGCCCAGAGACAAUCAACAAAAGAUGCUGGUGUCAUUGCUGGGCUUAAUGUGUUACGCAUAAUCAAUGAGCCCACUUCUGCGGCAAUUGCCUAUGGUCUUGACAAGAAAGGAACUGUAAGUGGAAGUGGUGAUUCUGCUGUGAAGAAUAUACUGGUAUUUGAUCUCGGUGGUGGCACUUUUGAUGUAUCUAUAGUCAAAAUGGAGGAGGAUGUGUUUGAAGUCAAAGCAGUUAAUGGAGACACUCACCUUGGCGGAGGAGAUUUCAAUAACAAAAUGGUGAGUCACUUUGUAGCUGAAUUUGAGAAGAAACACAAAAAAGACAUUAGUGUAGACCCUAGGGCUCUUGGCCGGCUCAGAGCAGCCUGUGAAAGGGCAAAGAGAGUUCUCUCUUCAGCAACUGAAACAUCCAUUAACAUCGAUUGUCUCUUUGAGGGUAUUGAUUUCUCUUCAAACAUCACACGUGCGCGCUUUGAUAAAAUAAAUCUUGAUCUGUAUAUAGAUUGUAUGGAACCAGUUGAAAAGUGCUUAGAGGAUGCCCACAUGGAAAAAAGUGACAUCCAUGAUGUUGUUCUGGUUGGUGGUUCUACUCGAAUCCCAAAGGUUCAGGAAUUAUUACAAGACCUGUUCGAGGGAAAGAAACUCUGCAAAAGUAUAAAUCCUGAUGAAGCUAUAGCCUAUGGAGCGGCUUAUCAUGCUGCAUCACUAACUGGUGCCUUAUUAGGUGUAAAUAACGAACUCGUGCUAGUGGAUGUUACUCCGUUAUCUCUUGGUAUUGAGGUGAAUGUAGAAGGUCUGAUGUCUGUUGUGGUGCCAAGGAACACCACUAUACCUACAAGUAUUACAAGGGAAAACUACAGCACUGGUUUUGACAACCAAAGCAGAUGUAUGUUCUCAGUAUAUGAGGGAGAGAUGCCCAUAGCAAAACACAACAACUUCCUGGGUGUAUUUUACCUUGAUGACCUUCCUCCAGUACCCAAAGGAGAGGCGAAAUUCAAUGUCAAUUUUGAGAUUGAUGCCAAUGGUAUCUUGACUGUUUCUGCAGAACUGGCGGGAAGUAACAACAAGAAACAAAUCACUAUAACUAAUCACAGUCAAAGGUUGUCAAAGGAGGAGAUUGACCGCAUGGUGAAGGAGGCAGAGGAGUAUAGGGCUCAAGAUGAGGAGCGCAAGAGGGCAUCUGCUGCUAAAAAUGCUCUAGAGAAUUACAUUCACGAGGCGAGGGGGAUUUUGAGAGUCUGUGGAAAGAGGGUAGAGAUGGAGGAGGACAUGAUUGUUUUAGCAAAGGCAAUUGAUCAUACAGUUAAUUGGUUUGAUUGGAAUUACCUGCUUGGUGAUGCUCGCAUCUUUAAGGAAAAGAUGAAAGAGCUGGAGAACAAAUGUGAACCUGUCAUUAUGAAGUUGCAGAGUCCACAGCCAAGUCACACUGAUGUCAAGCCUAAUCUGAAUUUGGUAGCGAGAGUUUGGAAAGGGCUAACCUCUUGGCACUUCAGUAUGCUAAUGCUUUAGUAGGCUGUUGAAUCAUGAAACCUGGUUUUUUUUUGCAGUUUUUUUGUCUUUCUUUGCUCUGGUGGACUCUACAAGCUUUGAAUGUUUUUUUCUGCGUUCAAGUAAUACAUGCACCUUGUGUUCUUAUUUUUUUUUAAUCUUUUAAACUAGUCUAGUUCCUCUCCGUCCAUGAGCAGGUGACCUA